AUGGCCUCUUCGGGGGGCGAAGGGAAGACAGAUGAUGAAGAUGCAAAGAAGGCUGUUAUACACCAGCAGUGCGAAGCAGCUGUUGAUGAGGUGCUCGCCACAGUGAACACUGUGCAGUACCUGCUCAAGAGCAUUGCGGAGAUCACGCAGACACCGUUUCGUCGCGAGCGCAUCAAGUGCGUCUCGCUGCAGCACGUCCACAGUGGCCUGUCGGAUGCCGGUGUAUCGGCGGGCUACAUGUGGCGGCGUGCGCGCGAGGAUUGCGAGCGCGGCGACGUUCUUCUUGUCGAGGAGCAGGUGGUGGCGGCAACGCCGGCGAUCACCACCACCACCAGCAGCAGCAGCGGCAGACCGAAGCUGGACAAGAAGACCAUUGAGGCAGUGGAGCGGAACCUCCGUCACGAACUCAUCCACGCCUUCGACGACGCGCGUGGCGUUGUCGAGGCCGCCGACUGCACGCACCAGGCCUGCAGCGAGAUACGGGCGGCGCGGCUGAGCGGCGACUGCUUUGUCGGCCAGGAACUGCGGCGCGGCCGGCUCGACCCCCUGCGCAGCGGUAUGCUGUGCGUGAGGCGGCGCGCCACGCUCGCAGUAGAAAGGAAUCCUGUCUGCCGUGGUUUUUCUGAGCGGGCGGUUGAGCGUGUGUUUCAGCGCUGCUACUCCGACUACGAGCCGUUCGCCGCGCCCAUCUACGCUCUCGGCAGCUAUGGCGAGGAGAAGUUUGACGUCCGGCUCUGA